CACACCUUAACCUUGUCAAAUCCUUUCUACUGUUACGGUCCUCUCAUCUUCAGAGAGCACUUGCCAGAUUCAGAUUAGAUUCAUUUCAUUUCUCAUUUACACGCACACAACACAACUCUCUUUCACUGUUCCCUCUGUCUUCUUUCCUUUCUUUCUUCCUUUUCCCCAGGUUUUAUUGGAAAAGAAAAAACAAGGUCUAGUCCCUUUCCAGGUGCCGUGACUAAUAACCCAACUUUCUCUCUCCCCCCCCCCCCCCCCCCUCUUCCUCAUCCUUCUUUUCAUUAACCCUUCUCACUCCUUCAUCAACAACCUUCUUACACCAAUUUUUCUUCACUUUUGUUGGAUUCCUCAAAAUAAACCUGCAUGGUUUGCACUCUAUUGGAGAGCAUAUAUAUAUAGGUAGCUAGGGAUGGAAGAUAUUUACAAGAUGAACCCUCUUCUGUCAUGUCCCGGGGGUGAUGUUGUUAGGGAGGUCAACGUCAACGUUAAUUCUGCCAUUGCAGCUUCCGCUUCUGAAUUGAAUCUUGGACUGGUUGCUAACAACUUCUUUCAGCUGGAAGAACCCGAAAGUUCGGAUAUGUCGGAUCGGUUCAUCAAGACCCAGAUCGCCACUCAUCCUCUCUAUCCAAAUCUAGUAUCCGCUUACAUAGAAUGCCGAAAGGUUGGAGCACCGCCAGAACUGGCUUCACUUCUUGAAGAAAUAGCCCGUGAAAGCCACCCAACCGAUGCUCUUCGAGAGAUAGGAAAUGAUCCUGAGCUUGACGAGUUCAUGGAAUCAUACUGCGAAGUUCUUCAUAGAUACAAGCAGGAGUUGUCGAAGCCAUUCAACGAAGCGACCUUGUUUUUGUGCAGUAUCGAAUCACAACUCAGCAAUCUUUGUAAGGGAACGCAAACAAUGCCACUGAAUAACAACCGCUCAGAUGAGGCUGCAGGAAUAUCAGAGGAUGAAUUAAGUUGGGAGAAGGUGGAAGCAGUUGAUGGUGACGAAUCUUCUGGCCCACGUCCAGGUGAUCAAGAGCUUAAAGAAAUGCUUCUUCGUAAGUAUGGUGGUUAUCUUAGCAGCUUGAGAAAGGAAUUUCUAAAGAAAAGGAAAAAAGGUAAGCUACCAAAGGAUGCAAGGAUGAUACUCAUGGACUGGUGGAACACACACUAUAGGUGGCCUUAUCCUACGGAGGAAGAGAAAGUGCAGCUAUCAGAAAUGACCGGACUUGAUCAAAAGCAGAUCAAUAAUUGGUUCAUCAAUCAAAGGAAACGGCAUUGGAAACCAACAGAGGACAUGCGAUUUGCCAUUAUGGAUGGUGUAAGUGGCAGUGGCUUAGGAGGACCUAUGUGAUUUAUUUCUCGAGAUGGACCGUGUUGAUUCCCAAUACUUGUAUCUUCUGCUCGUGUGAUGUGUGUAUACCUUCUAUUCCGCGAGAUAUUAAUUUUUUGAACCUACAUUUGUAUGCUAAGUAGGUCCUUCAGCUAUAUAUAUAUAUAUAUAUAUGCAAGUGUAAAAAACUGUAGCUAAUAUACGCGACGACAGUGAUAAUCGAUCAAUGUUACUGAAUCAUUAUUUCAUGGCAAUACGUUAUACUAUUGCUUAUUUUUUAAA